CUGAGCAAAACAAAAUCUCAAAACUGUAGUUCACCAGCGUCCGCCAUCGCGUUCACUUCAUUUUCUUAUCUCUUAUCACCUGUUUUUGAGGUAUCAGCCUUUGUGUCAAAUGGAUCAAGCCUCGAUUCUGGGUGGACCCUCACAAAAGGGACCCUAGAAUUACUCGCCGAGAUUCACGUCAUGUUGGUGAAAAAUCUCCAGGAUUUGGCCAAGGAAGUUGCCAAGUACAAAGAGGAUCUCGUAAAAGCUAGAAAAGAAGCAAAGCAGCAGGACAUUCUGGACGCUGUCAAUCUUAUGCAGACUACAACUACUUGCCUACAGAAGUCCAAAGAAACUUAUUAUGCCCGAUGUGCCGAACUGGAGAAGCUGAAGAAGGAAGCGAACGUCCCCCCGAAGGAGAUUACAAAGGUUGUUAAAGUUGUCGCAUGUUUUUUUAUCCGAAGUAGUGGUCCCACAUUCGCUGCAGCUAUAUAUGGGUACGCGACAGAUACUAUGGAGGAACCCUAUAAGCCUGCAUUUAUUGUCAUAUUGCCCGGCCAGUCUAAGGGAGUUUUGGAAGCUGGAAUUUAA